ACAAACCUGCUCCAUCUGCAACGAUCCCUCCAUCCUUCACACUGGGCUUUAAUACCAGCAAGCACGAUCAGAGUGGGCAAUAAGAUGUGGGGGAUGAAGCAGGUGCUUGCAGCCUGCUGGACGGCUCUCCUGCUCUCCUGUCUCCUGUGGGAGCCGGCGCUGUGCAAAGGAGGUCGCGGCGGCUCCCGCGGCUCAUCGCGCGGCUCCUCGUCCCGCAGCUCCGCGGCCGGGACGUACCGGGGCGGCUACGGGGGGCCCAGCUCCCGCUCCCGCUUCAGGGCGGCGGGACGCACGUCCCCGGUGCGGGUGGCGGCGGCGGCCGCGGCGGGGGCCGCGGUGGCGCUCACGGCGGAUAAAUGGUACGCGUCCGCCUACCGCCGCAGCAACACCGACGGCUCCGACGAGGAGCCGGACUACUUCAACAGGACCAAUUACUUUGACGCGCUGAUGUCAAGCUCCACCCAGAACGGAUCAUUAAUGUCUCCAGUGGUUUCCAUUAUUAUUGCAAUAUUUUCCCCAAAACACGGACUCUUCCUUACGGAAGAGUAUUAGGGCCAUGGAGUAGAAAAAAUAUUUGAGAGGGGAAGAUUAUUUUUUUAUUGUGCACUUCGAGAAAAAAGUCGAAUUGUCGAGAAAAAAGUUGAAAUG